UAUUUUUCUGAAAAUGCGCAAUAAGAUCUGUCGCAUUUGCGGUGGCCAUGAGGCUUCGAUAAACCUGUUCUGCCCAAAAAACGGACACUUGAUCCGCCAAAUUCUAUCCAUUACUGGGGUCGGGCUAAAUGAAAAAGCAGGUCUCUCCAGCCAUAUGUGCGAUAAGUGCGUUUUCGACUUGGACUGUGCCAUAAAGUUCCGGCAGCGAUGCAUCAUCUCGGAGAAGCGUAAUCUGGAAAAAGUCAAUUCGGAACCUAAGGAUGAGGAGGAUGCCGAAUCUGAUAUAGAGUCUAAUGAGCUGAACACCGAUGAGGAGAUAUCUGAUGAUUGUGCUUUGGAAUAUGAAUCAGAAAAAUGCACGGAAACGAGCAUGAAGCGAAAACACAGCAAAUAUGCCGAGCCCUAUAUAUGCGAUGACUGUGGAAAGACCAUCAACAGUUUGAGCAACUUUCAAGAACACAAACUGCGGCAUACAGGAAUCAAAAAUUUCGAGUGUCAGUUCAGUGAGUGCGGCAAACGUUUCGCCACUCGCAAGGAGUUGGUGCGACACCAGCGCUGCCACACGGGAGAGAAGCCCUUCGUCUGUAGCUACUGCUCCCGUCGAUUUUCCGACGCGAGCUCUCGCGAAGAGCACCACAGACGCCACCGGAAUGAAAAGCGGUUCGAGUGUAAAACGUGUGGCAAGAGCUUUGUCAGCUCUGGCUGCCUGAGGAAGCACGUGUUAACGCACGCAUCAGCUGACGAGCGCAAAUAUCUCUGUGGCGUUUGCAACAAGCGCUUCUUACGCAUAGCCCACUUGCAAAAUCAUUUGACUACCACCACUCACUUGGAAAAGGCUCUGGAGGCAUCUCAGACAGUCGUGCAUGAAAAUAACCCAUCAAUCACAAGCAUUCCUUAGAGAUCAUUCUAUUCUUUAUUGACAUUUUGUACUGAAUUUUUAUGUAUUUAUAUUAAUAGUAUCAUAUGCGCAUAGUA